AUGUGCGGCGGAGCGGUCAUCGCCGACUUCGUCCCGGCCGGCUCCUCAGCCCAAGACGGCUCCAGCCUCACCGGUGACGAGAAGCUGACGGCCAAGCUACCGGCGCCAGGGCGGAAGACGGCGUACCGCGGGAUCAGGCGCCGGCCGUGGGGCCGCUGGGCGGCGGAGAUCCGGGACCCGAGGAAGGGCGCGCGCGUCUGGCUCGGCACCUACGCCACGGCGGAGGAGGCCGCACGCGCCUACGACGUCGCGGCGCGCGACAUCCGCGGCGCAAAGGCCAAGCUCAACUUCCCGCCCGCAGUGGGCGGCGCCGCGGCAUCGGCCGCAGCCGCUGCGGUGGCGGCCAAGAAGGGACGGAGUGUUGCCGCCGAGGAGAGCUCGGCCUCUUCGUCGCCACUUCCGGCCGCGGCCGGCGCGGAGAGGCUGCGGGAGUGCAUGUCCGGGCUCGAGGCUUUCCUGGGGCUGGAGGACGCCGGCCGGGACGGUGGUGAUGACGACGUGGAGACCUGGGAGGCCGUCGAUCUCAUGUUCGAGUAG